AAACAAUGUAACACUUCUUCUACACUAAAGUAAACGAAUGGAGGGGACAGGUUGAUAUUUUCAGCGCUUUUAAAACGAUGGCGUGAUUUAAAAAGUAUGACUGGGAAAAGAAUUCGAUUUUAUUUUUAUUAGAAUUGAAUGUUGCAAUACACAGAUAUGUAUGAAGAAGGCAUUCCUCCAGAAUAUACAGCUAUCACUCUACCAAGAGCGGACUGUGUGUACACGAGCUGUUACUGUGAAGAGAAUGUGUGGAAAUUAUGUGAAUAUAUCAAGGUUCAGGAGAUGUGCCCAUUGGAGGAAGUGCAUGCAAUCUUCAUAUCAAAUGAAAAUAAAACGAUCCCUAUUUGGAAACAGAAAUCCAGCAAAGGGGGUCAACCUGUGAUAUGGGAUUACCAUGUCGUGUUACUGCACUUGAACCCACAUGCACAGAAUUUUGUGUAUGAUCUGGACACCACCCUCCCCUUCCCUUGUCCUUUUGACGUGUACAUGAGAGACGCAUUUCGAUCUGAUGACUUGCUAAAACCAGAAUUUCGAAGGAAGAUGCGGGUCAUACCAGCCGUCACCUACUUAAAGAAGUUUGCUUCGGAUAGAUCUCACAUGAAGUAUGCUAACGGGACAUGGCGUAUGCCCCCACCACCUUAUCCUUGCAUAGAAACAACAGAAUCCAAAAUGAACCUGGAUGACUUUAUCAGCAUGGACCCCAGUGUGGGCUUGGGAAAAGUUUAUAAGCUUCCUGAACUUGUGCAACAUUUUGGAUCCAAAUGAUGCAUUAUGGACAGCAGAAAAUAAACCAUAUGGAAUGUAGAAGACGAGUUGGGAUCGUCGAAGUACAGGAUAAUAACUAACCAGUGGAAGCAAGGGACAAUGUCUGAUUGUGCUGUGAGCAUCAGGGGUAGAGGCAGAAUGUAAAUAAAUGGCUUAUUGUAAACAUAUUGUUUCAUUAAAUUAAACAAGAACCUACCUGAAGCCACUGGAGAAUGUUUAUUUUUUUUUUAUUUUCACUGUUGUAAAAUUCUCAUGUAAUCAUGGACACUAUUUUAUAGUCUUUGAAUUAUAUUCCUUUUCAUUUUUAAAUUUCUUUUCUUGCCUUGAAUAAACACUCUAAAGUC